UAAGUAAAACCAUGACAUCAGAUACAGAAGAAGUUGGAAAUAAUAAAGUUAGACGAAGAACUCGUAGUGUGACUCGUGCUGAAGAGAUUUCCACAAAACAACAAAAACAACGUCGAUCACAGCCCGAUAAACCAUGUCACAGACCCAGAGAUUCACUGUUUUCAUGGAGUUCCGGAUUUCAUAAUUUCACAGGAUUAGUAAACUGGGGAUUUUUGCUUCUAACAAUGAGUGGUUUCAGACUUCUACUUGAAAAUUUAUUAAAAUAUGGGAUAAGAGUCGAUCCAUUUCAAUGGUUUAUUGUACUUACGGGUCGUGAUGAAGGAGCAGGCGUCCCAUCAAUUAUACUGUUAUUAUAUUCUAUUGUACCAAUUUUUAUAACAUUACUGAUAGAACGUGGGCUAUCAAUGAAUAUAAUUCGUGAAGGUGCUGGCAUGUUUGUUCACAUUAUAAACAUCAUAGUAUUAGUAUUGAUUCCAAUGGUGAUUAUACAUGUGAAUGGGAAUGCAUUCAGUCUGGUUGGCGCAAUGGCCGUAUGCUUUCACUAUUCUAUACUUUUCAUGAAGCUUUGGAGCUAUGUUCAAGUCAAUAUGUGGUGUCGAAAUCAAUUGAAUGAAAUUCCCAGUAAAUCAAGAAGUAGAUCUCAAUCGAUAACAGUUGCUGAAUUGCAAGAAGAACGAAACGGAGCAUAUUUGGCCGCAUUCCAUAAAACAGACAACGAUGUUACACCAAUAGUUCACUAUCCAGAUAACUUGACAGUUAAAGAUUUGCUUUAUUUCUUAUGUGCACCAACUUUAUGCUACGAACUUAACUUUCCCAGAACAGAUCGAAUUCGCAAACGUUUUCUGUUGAAGAGAAUUCUAGAAGUAGUUAUCGGAAUCAAUGUGGUCUUAGGACUCUUUCAACAAUGGAUGAUUCCUUCGGUUCGAAAUUCAUUAAUUCCAUUUUCGAAUAUGGAUGUGGCAAAGGCCACGGAAAGAUUAUUAAAAUUGGCAGUCAAAAAAUCGUGCGUUGAAGUUGUCGGAUGUCUUUUGCGAAUCGGACUUUUAAUACAAAAGCUAUAA